AUGUGUAAGCCCUUUCGUUCUGCCUUCUAUCUUUCCUGUUUUGUUAUUUCUUUCUUUCCAAUUAUGACUUCCUUCCCUCCUUUUUUCCUUCCACCCUUCCUUCCAACUCUUCUGCUGUCUUUCCUCCAUUGUUUUCGUUAUCAUUUUUUUAUUUAUUUCAUUCUUAACUUCCUUGUCCGUUCUUUCUACUUUCCUCCUUCCAGUCUGCUUAUCUUUCCUGUUUUCUCAUUUCUAUCUUUCCAAUUAUGUAGUCAUUCCUUUCUUCCUUCCUUCUUUCUUUCCUUUCUUCAUUCAUUCAUUCAUUCCUUCAUUCAUUCAUUCCUUCCUUUCUUCCAUCCUUCCAACCUUCAUUCAUUCAUUCAUUCCUUCAUUCAUUCAUUCCUCCCUUUCUUCCAUUCUUCCAUCUUUCAUUCAUUCCUUCAUUCAUUCAUUACUCCAUUCAUUCAUCCCUUCCUUUCUUCCAUCCUUCCAACCUUCAUUCAUUCAUUCUUUCCUUCAUUCAUUCAUUUAUUCCUUUCUUCCUUCCUUCUUUCAUUUAUUCUUUCCUUCCUUCCUUCCUUCCUUCCAUCAUUCAUUCAUUCCUUCCUUCCUUCAUGCAUUCCUUCCUUCCUUUCUUCCUUUCUUCCUUUCUUCCUUCCUUCCUACUCUUCAUCUUCCUUCCGUUCACGCUUCUAUUUUUUCUGUUUUGUUAUUCCUUUCUUUCCAAUUAUGUCGUCAAUCCUUCCCUCCUUCCUUCCUUCUGUCCAUCUGUCCUUCCUUCCUUCUAUACUUUUUCCUUCCGUCUUUCCAACUCUUCUUCUGCCUUUCUUCCAUUCUUUAGGUUAUCCUUUUUUGAUUUAUUUCGUUCUACCUUCCUUACUCUCCGUCCUUCCUACUUUCCGUUGUCAUUUUUUCUUAUCCUUUCUUAUUUUCUUUUAUUCUUCCUUCUUUCUUUAUUAA